AUGCCUCCUAAAGCCGCUGACAAGAAGCCCGCCUCCAAGGCUCCCGCUACUGCCCAGAAGGCGCCCGAGAAGAAGGAUGCUGGCAAGAAGACUGCCGCCACUGGCGAGAAGAAGAAGCGCACCAAGGCGCGCAAGGAGACUUACUCUUCUUACAUUUACAAGGUCCUCAAGCAGGUCCACCCCGACACCGGUAUCUCCAACCGUGCCAUGUCUAUCCUGAACUCGUUCGUCAACGACAUCUUCGAGCGAGUUGCAACUGAAGCCUCCAAGCUUGCCGCAUACAACAAGAAGUCCACCAUCUCAUCCCGAGAGAUCCAGACCUCAGUCCGCCUGAUCCUCCCCGGUGAGCUUGCGAAGCACGCCGUCUCUGAAGGAACCAAGGCGGUCACCAAGUAUUCGUCAUCCACGAAAUAA